AUGAGGACAGCAAGACUCUCCAAUUCAGUCUCUGCGAGGCGUGUAUAUGGCAUCACACCGGGAAAUUUCCCGAGUAUCCUCGCAGCACGAUCCCUAGCACAAGCCCAACGCAACCGUCGAGCAUUUCCCACACACUUGAAUGCAUUGGCGGUCUUGAUUCCCAACCAGCGCACAUAUGCGACCGAGACUUCUACAUCAUCGAGUCACAGCUCCGGAGGCACGCCAUUCCCACCUCCGGGCUUCGAUUCCAACCAAGCUAGGCAGCCACUCUCUUCUUCAUCGGCGGAGUCGCGGAAGGCAGCAGAUCAAGCAGCAGGAAGUCAAAAUGCUACGAAGACGACACCAGGGGAAUCUCAACUCAAUUCUACAUCUCCAGAGACCGUUGUAAUCGACAGUAAGAAACUGGUAGUGGAGCCGGAGAAGCGAGCCGUGGAGAAAAAGGAGGAAAAAAAGAUGACUCUUGGACAGAAGAUCAAGCAUGAGAUUCAGCAUUAUUGGGAUGGAACGAAAUUGCUGGCGACCGAAGUGCGCAUUAGUGUCAAGUUGGCGAUGAAGAUGGCUGCGGGUUAUGAGCUGAGUCGUCGUGAGAACAGACAGUUACAACGUACGGUCAAGGAUCUGGCACGUUUGGUGCCGUUCUCCGUGUUUGUGAUUGUCCCCUUUGCCGAAUUGUUACUCCCUAUUGCUCUCCGAAUCUUCCCCAACAUGCUCCCCAGCACCUACGAAGGACAAAAGUCGCGGGACAAAAAGGCCGAGACUCUUCGAGGUACUCGGAAGGAGGUUUCUGCAUUCCUGAAGGACACUUUGAAGGAGACUGGUCUACCGUUGAGCGCCGAGAAUGCCAGAAAAGAAGAAUUCACUGAAUUUUUCAAGAAACUCCGCUCAACUGGCGAAUCACCCUCCGAUGCGGAUGUUAUCAAAGUCAUCAAGAUUUUCAAGGAUGACUUGACGUUGGAUAACUUGUCUCGACCACAAUUGGUCGGCAUGUGCAAAUAUAUGAAUCUCAACACAUUCGGUACGGAUGCUAUGCUGCGAUACAACAUUCGUCACCGUAUGCGCCAGAUCAAGCGAGAUGACCGAGCAAUCUCAUACGAGGGUGUGGACUCUCUCUCUGUGCCCGAACUGCAGAUGGCUUGUGCAUCGCGUGGUCUCCGUACCCACGGUGUAUCCCCGGGACGUCUCCGAGACGAUCUUUCCAUGUGGCUAGACCUCCGUCUUAAGCAAGGCGUCCCCUCAACUAUGCUCGUUCUGAGUAACGCAUACCAAUACGCCACCCAAUCCAAGGACCCAGAACUAUCCUCCCAAAUCGACGCGCUCCGCUCUGUGUUGUCUAGUAUCCCCGAAGAACUCUUCCAUGAGAUCGAGCUAGAAGUCCACAACGCUGAAGGCGCAGCCACCAACAGACAACGCCUCGAAGUCAUUAAGGAGCAACAGGAAUUGAUUGAAGAAGAAAACACUCAAAUCACAGAGCAAGAAGGUAAAGGUGUUGCAGCACCAAAGGAUACGGAGAAUAUCGAUGAUAAGGAGGAUCAGCCCAAGAUCGAGGCGUCGGAUGCGAUUGCGCAGCAGGCUGCUGAGGCUAAUGAGGCUGAAGCUGACCAGGUGAGCGCUGAAAGACGAGGUAUCCAGGCAGAUAAGGAGGAUGCUGCCAAGGCUGAGAAGAAGAAUUAA